UCCGGAGAAUUGGUGGGUGGUUGGGCUAGCGUCCGGCGGAGGAUCGGCGCCGGAACCGACAUCAUGAAGUUCUAGGCCGACUACCGGAGAAGGGCCCUGCGAUUCCCGACCCAGCCGUGGCCGGGCGCACUGUCCAUUAUGUUCUCACCCGGCGACCUGUGGGCCCGCAGUCCCGCCUCCACCCUCUUCAGUCAAGAAGAGAUGGACGCCAUUGUAUCGAAGCAAAACGUGCGCGCACCCGUGGCAGCCCAUGCCCAAGAACCUGAGACGGUUAUCAUGGUUGCCAGGGUGGGCGUUACUACCGUUGAGCAUGGCUUCGCUCCCUCGGACGAGAGACUGCAAGCCAUGAACGAUACGACGUCAUAUUUCCCCCCACCUUGUCUGUCCUAGAAAGCAAGAUGAACCAGAUUGGCGAAGCUGCGUUCCAGGCUGCUGCUCUGGACCACACCAAGGCCGCCUGGGGCAAGGGGGUUCGUCUUGCUGCCGGUAAUGAUACAGGCCACUUCCCGCAUGGCGAGAAUGUGAGACAACUGGAACUCAUGCAUGGCACCGGUGUGACGCUCCUGGACGUCCUGAGGGCCGCAAUACUAGGCGGAUGGGAGGCUUGUGGUGGAGACUGGGGUGGCAGAAGAUUUGGAUUGCUUAGGGCGGGCUGGGCGGCAGAUUUAUUGGCUAUUCAAAACGAUACGCGGGAAAACACAGGAGCAUUUAGGAAGUUUAGUUUGAUCAUGAAAGAUUGGAGUGCCGUG